AUGCUCCUUCUCCUGACGCUGUUCCUGCGGAGGCUCCAUCGACACCUCUUCGGCAUGUUCAGCUCGGACAGACUCGCGGUGCCGGUGUACGUCGCCCGGCUGCAGGGAGCCAGGAGCGGACCGGCCUGCGACCCCAGAGCCGUGUCCCCGGGCGUCAGUGCCGACGUGCGGGCGGCGCUGGACGGCUCGCUGCCCGAGCUGCGCGCCGCCAUCCGGAGGCUCAGGUGCGCCCGGGAGACGCGCGGCGCGGACGAGACGCGCGCGGCCAUCGCGGAGAUCUUCCAGCUGGUGGAGGAGGCCUGGGUCCUGCCCACCGUCGGCCGCGAGGUGGCCGAGGAGAUCUGCAACAGGAUCCGGCUGGACGGGGGCCUGGAGCUGCUGCUCCAGCUGCAGCAGACGCCGGCCGUGGAGAUCACCUACGAGUCCGCCAAGCUGCUGGAGCAGAUCCUGAUCUCGGAGAACAGAGAUUAUAUAGCUCGCAUUGGUCUGGGGGUCAUCCUCAACCUGACCCGACAGCAGGACGACGCCCAGCUGGCUCGCAGCGUCUCGGGGAUCCUGGAGCACAUGUUCAAACACACCGAGGAGACGUCCGUCCACCUCAUCUCCAACGGGGCCCUGGACACCCUCCUCUACUGGUGCCGGGGCACAGAUCUCACCGUGCUGCGACACUGCGCCGUGGCCCUGGCCAACUGUGCCAUGUACGGAGGCCACCGCUGCCAGCGAUGGAUGAUCGAGAAACAGGCGGCCGAGUGGCUCUUCCCGCUGGCUUUCUCCAAAGAGGACGAACUCAUUCGGUUCCACGCAUGCCUGGCUGUGACUGUGUUAGCCGCGAACAAAGAAAUUGAGAAGGAGGUGGUGAAAUCUGGGACCUUAGAGCUGGUGGAGCCGUUCAUUGCCUCUUUGGAUCCGGAUGACUUUGCCCGCAGUUUAUUGGACAGUGCCGACUGCAUGCAGGGCAGGACGGCGUCUGAUCUGCAGCACCUCUUGCCCUUACUGGAUGGCACAAGGGUGGAGGGAAAGUGCAUUGCAGCCUUUUACCUUUGUGUUGAGAGUAGCAUUAAGUCCCGUCAGCGCAACACAAAGAUAUUUCAAGAGAUUGGAGCAGUGCAGAGCCUAAAAAGAAUCGCCAUGUACUCCAGUAAUGGCACAGCCUGUGCCCUCUCCAAGCGGGCCCUGAGCAUGAUGGGAGAGGGAGUGCCGAGACGUAUCCUGUCAUGUGUUCCAAACUGGAAGACCUGUGAGGUGCAGACGUGGCUGCAGCAAGUUGGCUUCAGUAGCUACUGCGGCCGUUUCAAGGAGCUGGAGGUGGACGGAGACCUGCUGCUGAACAUCACUGACCCGGAUCUGAGCAUUGAUCUGGGCAUGACUCCGGGCCUCACUCGAAAAAGAUUCCUGAGAGACCUGCGUGUGUUGAAGACAUAUGCCAACUACUCAACAUGUGACCCACACAACAUGGCUGACUGGUUAGUUGAGGUGGACCCCCGCUUCCGUCAGUACACCUACAGCCUGGUCCAGUCUGGAGUGGAUCGCAACAACGUCCAGAACCUGACCGAUCAGAUGCUUGAGCACGACUGCCACAUCGAUAACGGAGUCCACAGGGCCAAGAUACUGUCCGCUAGCCGCAGGCCUUUAAAACCCAGCCACACCGACGCCCAGCCCGCAGGGCCCGACGUGUUCAUAAGCUACCGCCGGACCACCGGCUCCCAGCUGGCCAGUCUACUGAAGGUUCACCUGCAGGUCCGAGGAUACAGCGUCUUCAUAGAUGUGGAGAAGCUGGAGGCCGGUAAAUUCGAGGACAAGCUGAUUCAGAGCGUACAGCGAGCACGCAACUUCAUCCUGGUCCUGUCCGCCAACGCGCUCGACAAGUGCAUGGGUGACAUGGCCAUGAAGGAUUGGGUGCACAAGGAGAUUGUCACAGCCAUGGCUGGUAAGAAGAACAUAGUUCCUGUUACAGAUAAUUUCAUGUGGCCUGACCCCAUGUCUCUGCCAGAGGACAUGAGGGCAAUUCUCAACUUCAACGGCAUCAAGUGGUCUCAUGAAUAUCAGGAGGCCACGAUCGAGAAGAUCCUCCGCUUUAUUAAGGGACGCCCGGACCAAAUCGACGGCCCAGACGCCUCCAAAGAGCAGAAAAAGAAGUAAAAGUGACUCUUCGCUAUAUUAACUUUCGAUGGUGCCAAAUUCCACAUGGCCUAUGGUGAACUGGCCGGCAGCUUCGCCUGCUCUGCCCCAACGCAUGUGAAGUGAAUUUGAUUGCCUAAGUUAAAAUGCUCACAUAAUGACCUAAUAUAUUGCAAACGAUAAAUGGAUUUUAAUAACCAAUCACAGAUUGUAUAUAGUAAACUCUAAGCCUUUAAUGUUAGUAUCCUCACACUGCUGUAUACGUAUAAUCAGGUAGGCCUUCCGUCUCUCAGGAAAACCACUGUGAUAGAUCAGCUGUCACUGGCCCGCAGCAAAAUCAACAUCCACUGACACAUCAGUCUUCGUAAAACCUAAAAGGGAAUCAUCUUUCGUUUAUACUAAACAUUCAUAGGACCAAAGCAGGUCGCCGUCUUAACUGACAUGUGUGUAAUGUUUGGGUUGUGGCAGAAAAGAAACCCAUCCAAAGCAUCCAAUUGAUUUCAUGAUGAGAGUAUCCACAGGGGCCGUGAUCUAAGCUGGAGGCACUUUGUACAAUACUAUGAGCUACAUGCUGUAUAACUGCAUGCCUAAUCUAACCAAACAGGCUAAAAACAUGCAUAUGGUAUUAAAGUUUUCCUUCCUUCUGUAAAAGUGGAUAAAAUCUUUCCUUUGAAUUGACGUACAUGAACUCACAGUACAAUUAAAUUGGUAGCUCCUUGAUGUUUUAUCUGCCAGUGUUAAGUCUGUUGAGUGAAGAUCUGGCCGCUUUUGCGGUUGAUAUUUCAUCCUUGUUCCCACCAACAAAACGAAAUCAAGCAAUAUCAUACACUUAGGUCUGUGAAAAUAUAAAAGAUAAGCGGCAAAUAUCUUGUUGUAGAUCAACUUCCUGCUUUGAUGAUGCUGAAAUAAAUACUUGAUGAAACAUGUAACAUCUUGCAAAUCAACCAAAGUCAUGAAGAUUUGUUGGUCACAUUUUGUUCUAAAGAUAUUACAUUAACUUACGUUCUGCAGGGAUUUCAUGUACUGCUCUUGCCUUAAUAUUGUUUGCCUUUGAGGUCCUAACCAUCUAUUAAAAAUACUCAGUUUAUACUGGA